UAACGGAAUUGUCAAAAAUUUUCCUACUGGAGAAUGGUUAUGGACUUGAAGCUUAUAGCAGCAGGAUUACGUCAUUGUGGGAAAGUACAAGCCUUUAAGCGUGGAGAAUCAAUUCAAGCUCAUGUAAUCAAGCAAGGGAUCUCUCAAAAUGUGUUUAUAGCGAAUAACGUGAUCUCAAUGUAUGUGGAUUUCAGGUUGUUGAGUGAUGCACAUAAAGUGUUCGAUGAAAUGUCUGAGAGAAAUAUUGUAACUUGGACAACGAUGGUUUCUGGGUAUACGAGUGAUGGAAAACCCAAUAAAGCUAUUGAGUUAUACAGAAGAAUGUUAGACUCCGAAGAAGAAGCGGCGAACGAGUUUAUGUAUUCUGCGGUUUUGAAAGCUUGUGGGUUAGUGGGUGAUAUUCAGCUGGGGAUUUUGGUUUAUGAAAGAAUUGGUAAAGAGAAUUUGAGAGGUGAUGUUGUUUUGAUGAAUAGUGUUGUUGAUAUGUAUGUUAAGAAUGGGAGACUUAUCGAAGCUAAUAGCAGUUUUAAGGAGAUUUUACGGCCUAGUUCGACUUCGUGGAACACUCUUAUUUCUGGUUAUUGUAAAGCUGGUUUGAUGGAUGAAGCGGUUACUUUGUUCCAUCGAAUGCCGCAGCCAAAUGUCGUGUCUUGGAACUGUUUGAUAUCGGGAUUUGUCGAUAAGGGUAGUCCUCGUGCGUUGGAGUUUUUAGUUAGGAUGCAGAGAGAAGGACUUGUGUUAGACGGUUUUGCUUUACCAUGUGGUCUUAAAGCUUGUAGUUUUGGUGGCUUAUUAACAAUGGGUAAACAGCUGCAUUGUUGUGUCGUAAAGUCGGGUCUAGAGUCUAGCCCGUUCGCAAUAUCUGCUCUUAUUGAUAUGUACUCGAACUGUGGCUCUCUAAUAUAUGCAGCUGAUGUUUUUCAUCAGGAAAAACUGGCCGUUAAUAGUAGUGUCGCGGUUUGGAAUUCUAUGCUCUCUGGAUUUUUGAUAAAUGAGGAGAAUGAAGCAGCAUUAUGGCUGCUUUUGCAGAUAUAUCAGUCAGAUUUGUGUUUUGAUUCCUACACUCUAAGUGGUGCCUUAAAGAUAUGUAUCAACUAUGUCAACUUAAGACUCGGGCUUCAAGUACAUAGUUUAGUUGUAGUAAGUGGUUAUGAGUUGGAUUACAUCGUAGGAAGUAUUCUUGUUGAUUUACAUGCAAAUGUUGGGAAUAUACAAGAUGCACAUAAACUGUUUCAUAGGCUUCCAAAUAAAGAUAUCAUCGCUUUCUCUGGCUUGAUACGAGGCUGUGUGAAAUCAGGGUUCAAUUCUUUAGCAUUUUAUCUGUUCAGGGAAUUAAUCAAGUUGGGACUCGAUGCUGACCAGUUCAUCGUCUCAAAUAUUCUUAAAGUUUGUUCAAGUUUAGCAUCUCUUGGAUGGGGUAAGCAAAUUCAUGGGUUGUGUAUAAAGAAAGGUUAUGAAUCAGAACCUGUCACAGCGACAGCACUAGUAGAUAUGUAUGUAAAAUGUGGUGAGAUAGAUAAUGGUGUAGUGUUGUUUGAUGGUAUGUUAGAAAGAGAUGUUGUCUCUUGGACAGGGAUAAUUGUUGGAUUCGGACAAAACGGACGAGUCGAAGAAGCGUUUCGGUAUUUCCACAAGAUGAUAAAUAUUGGAAUUGAACCAAAUAAGGUAACUUUUUUGGGGCUUCUUUCUGCUUGCCGACAUUCUGGACUACUUGAAGAAGCAAGAUCAACCCUCGAAACGAUGAAAUCUGAAUAUGGUCUUGAACCGUAUCUAGAGCAUUAUUAUUGUGUAGUUGAUCUUCUUGGUCAAGCCGGGCUGUUCCAAGAGGCUAACGAAUUGAUAAAUAAAAUGCCGUUGGAGCCCGACAAAACAAUAUGGACGUCUCUGCUCACUGCUUGCGGAACUCACAAGAAUGCCGGACUGGUUACUGUAAUUGCUGAGAAAUUACUCAAGGGGUUUCCGGAUGAUCCAUCGGUUUAUACAUCUCUUUCGAAUGCUUAUGCUACGUUAGGCAUGUGGGAUCAGUUAAGUAAAGUGAGAGAAGCUGCUAAGAAGCUAGGGGCAAAAGAAUCUGGAAUGAGUUGGAUAAUUUAGCUAUUUAUGCCACAAGCUUUUGAACUAUCGCUAGCGCAACAAUUAGGUUUGUGAGGACUAGGAAGUUAUCACUUGCCAGGUCUAGAAAAUUGAUGGUAUGAAUUCUAAGCGUGUUUGAACUUUGAUCCAUAUCUCUUCGCUUACUAAAGAGAAGCAAAGUGGUUUCGCAGUCACAGAUAUAAAUAGCUAAAUUAGUUUAACUCUCUGACUAUUUAUGAACAAACAAACAAUCAUUACACCAGUGACUUGAAAUCAAAGCCUGGAGGAAGUUUUAAUACUUGGCCUCUUCGGUUUCUUUGACAUCUUUCAUCCUUACUAAUAAGUCUAUGUACCCUUUUUACCAAUGUUGAUAAUGCAAUUUCACGUCUCUACAGCGCACGCAUUUACAGGUUCUGUGGAUAAAACUCCCUACUAUAAGAUGCUAAAAAGUGGCUAAAGACAAAGAUGAAGCUUGUACAUUAGAUGAUGCUACUAGUCGCUCCAACCAUAUACAUUUUGCUUCAGGCAGCUACAGUAUAUGUGAUUCGUCACUAAAUUUUUUGCACCACCGGACGUUUAUUUCAUGAGCAACCGCCGUGACGUGAUUCUCUCCCAAAUAUAUUCGAAAAGCUUCUUCGACCUCAUGUCUCUCUGGAUGACUCCAAGUCAAAGAUUCUUUAAGGUUCUUGAACAUAUGUUUACCCUUUUCUUUUUAGUUGGCUAU